AUGGCCUACAAAGUGGAUGAGAAUGAUCUGAUUGGCCAGAUCGUUCAAUUCUUUGCCGAGCCCGAGGUUGGAGGAUGCUUCCCAUAUGUGUGCCAGGAGAAUACAUUCGUCACUCAUGCACCAUACAUGGCCACCAACAAGGGCAAUGCAUACUUGGAGGUGUGGCAGGCAAAUGAGAAUGGAGUGGAGCAGUGGAGAGAGAGGGACCUUGCAAAGUGGUGGAAGGGUGAUCCGACCAAGAAGUACACAUUUGGAAGGUUUGAUCGUCAUCCAAUCAAGAUCAUUGUGCCAAAGGAUGCUACUCACGUGUGGCAGGACGAGUUUAUCCAACCAUUGACUCAAGGUAUUGCAAAGAUCACUGGCUCAGCUGACCUCACCAAGUACUCGAUCAAGACUCCACUCCAAGGUAUUGUCCGGAUCAGCGAUGGCAAGGUCAUCAUCCAGUUUGAAGAUAUCAAUCAGGAGAUCAUCCUUGGAGAGCGUGGUCCCAAGGUCACACCAUGGCCCAUCCAUGCACUUGCCAAUCGUGUCUUGAUUUCUGGUGCCAUUGAGAAUUUGGAGACCAGUCCCAUCCCAGAGGUCGCAGUGUUCCAGCAGGAGUUGGCAAAGUACAAGGACAGUUGUGCGCAGGUCGUCCAAGCCAAAGUAUGGGCCAUCUGGACUUUUGAGCGUGUCGUUGAGAUGUACACUCCCAUUCGUUCAGGUAUGGUAACUGAGAACAGUCCAUUCAUCGUCUACAAGAUUGAUUACUCCCAGGUCUACCGUCCAAAGGCCAACAAGGUGAUGGAGAAUUUGUCCAAGGGCAGUGGCUUCCCGAUUAUCACCGGCAACACUCAUUGGGACGCACUGUGUGAGUCCAUGAAGCUCAAGGGUGUGAGCACAUCACCAAUGCCCGUGGCCAACAGCAUUCAAUACAGCCGAUUCUUCUGGGGCAAGAGCAUGGGAACUGCAAUGGGCCACAUUGACAACCUGUUCCUCUAUGACUAUGGUGGCGAUUGGACGAUGCCAGCCAUCCGCAAGUGGAUCCUGGGAAUGGGACAGCGCAUUGCUGAGGUGCAUGCCGCGGGGGAGGACUGUAUCAAGACGUGCUUCGAAGCCUGCUGCAUCAGCUAUGAGUAUGUGCGUGCCAAGAAGCGAUAUGAGGACAACAUGCGUCGCUCAGGUGUGCAUCUGAUCAACGGAUGCGCAUGGAAGGAUCUGGCCCAGACGCUCCAUUACCGUGCCCUCGACGCAGUGUGCCUCAAGGCGACGACCAACUCAAGCAUGGAUGAUGAGGCCUACCUGGCAAUUGGAUUCGCCUCGGUGAUCCACGACCUUCCUGACUAUGGCUAUGAUCUGAGUGUUGCGACUGCUCCAACAUUCUCUUCACACUUGGCGCCCGCGAUGGACAGUACUCGGGCAUCGAGUACGCCUUCUCCAUCACUUUGGCGGGUGUCCAAUAUGUUGCCGAUGUGCACAGGUACAAUGUCAGUGGUAUCACACUUCUCUCCACCAACUUUUGGCAGCUCUGCAAUGGUCGUCACCGUAUCCUCAACGCUGCAAUGA